CGGUGAUAAGGAAACAUCUGACCAGACCGGACCAAGGAGCGGGUAAAAAUCACACAAAGCUUUGAUCUUCAAACUCGUAGGUUCUUCUGUGAUUGAAUAUGAGCUUAUCAUCACCAACCAGUGCCUGUAGCUCGUCGAGAUGUUACUCCUCAGGAUUGUCGUUGCCGAUUGGGUUUCGAUCGAGUCCCAUCAAUGUGGGAUUGGUUUGUUAUCCAAAAAGACACAAUAUUGCUGCUCGGAAGCUCGUCGUAGCUUGCUCCUCCUCCUCUUCCGAUCCAUUAUUAGUUAAGGCUGCGAAAGGCCAAGCCGUGAGUCGCCCUCCAGCUUGGAUGAUGAGGCAGGCAGGAAGGUAUAUGGCUGUUUACCAAAAGCUCGCCAAGAAACACCCAUCCUUCAGAGAGAGAUCAGAGAACACUGAUCUAAUCGUCGAAAUCUCUUUGCAGCCUUGGCAAGCUUUCAGACCAGACGGUGUCAUCAUUUUCUCUGACAUCCUCACGCCUUUACCCGCAUUCGGUGUCCCAUUUGACAUCGAAGAUGUAAAAGGCCCUGUGAUCCAAUCUCCCAUCCGAACUGAAGAAGAUUUAAAGAGAUUGCAUCCCAUUGAUUUCGAGAAACUGCAGUUUGUUGGAGAUUCUCUCAAGAUUCUGAGACAAGAGGUUGGGGAACAUGCUGCGGUAUUGGGUUUUGUCGGAGCGCCUUGGACAAUUGCAACAUAUAUUGUUGAAGGAGGAACAACUCGGACAUAUACUGUCAUAAAGAAUAUGUGCCACACUGCACCAAAUGUAUUGAGAGCUCUAUUAUCUCAUUUAACCAAGGCCAUUACCGAGUAUGUUGUUUACCAAGUUGAGCAUGGAGCUCAUUGCAUACAAAUAUUCGAUUCAUGGGGUGGCCAACUGACUCCUGAGAUGUGGGAACGCUGGUCCAAACCCUACAUUGAAGAGAUCAUUCAUGCUGUAAAGAAAAGAUGCCCUGAUACACCAGUAGUUUUCUAUAUCAAUGGAAAUGGUGGCCUUCUUGAACGAAUGAAGGGAACUGGAGCUGAUGUCAUUGGGCUUGACUGGACUGUAGAUAUGGCUGAUGGAAGGAGGCGACUGGGAAGCGAUGUUAGUGUUCAGGGAAAUGUGGAUCCAGCUUACCUUUUCUCUCCGCUCCCUGCUUUAACCGAAGAAAUUCUAAGAGUUGUGAAGUGUGCUGGACCAAAGGGACAUAUUCUCAAUCUAGGACACGGUGUCUUGGUAGGAACACCUGAGGAGGCCGUGGCUCAUUUCUUUGAAACCGCUAGAAGCUUGGAUUACCAAACAGUCUUCCAAAAUCAUAUUCCUGCAGAAAAAGCUGAAUCUGAGUUGGUUGUCUGAGAAAUGUUGAACAGACAAUUGGUGCAGGAAUCAGAGAAAAACUUUUAUGUCUGACCCAGAAUCGAUGCCGGAGUUGGUAACUUGCUAUGAGAAAACAUUGGAAGCUGUCCUGUUUUUGUUUUGCUAGCCUGAGGAGUUCCAGUCCUCUGGACCAAGCUGUGCUCAACUCUUAACAAUGUCUUUGAGUUGCUCAUAGGCUUCCAAUGUUGCUGCUUCAUUUUGAGAUAUGUAUGACUCUGGUAAAAAUUUUAACCAAUUAUGAAGUUGGUUUAUUUAUACGCUUUCUCUUUGUUAUCACACUUUUUACAUAUGGUUCUAUCACCGAUCUAUCAAUAUGUUAUGUCUUA